AUGCACUCUCCCAAGAAAAAAAAACAUUAUCUAGCAAUACACACCAAACUGAGCAUGUGCAGCUUGUCCUCAAACCUCUGUUCUAUCAGGAGAUAUAUUGGGGACUGUGGAAGAAGGGGAGGAUCAGAGAAGACAGAAUCAAACAUCCUUUUUACACAGUGUGGAGGAUUAACCCCUUGGGGUUCCACAGUGAGUAUAACAAGCAUGCUUUACUACCAGGGGCAGAUUGACAACUUAUGGGGCCCCCGGGCAAUAGGGGAUCAUGGGGCCCCUGUGUCCUUGCCCAAACUCAAAAAAGCCUAU